AUGAGCAGCGAUGCAGCACUCCUGAACCAGGAUCCAAAUGACCUUCAGGAACGGGCAGCUGCUGCUUUCCGAAAUGUGAAUGGGGAACAAGGGACGCACUCCAAGCAUUCAAGGGGCUGUCAGCUCUGCUUCUCUCGGCUGCUCAGCUUCAACGAAAUGCUCAUUUUGCAGAGUACAGAGGAAAAGGAGGCCAAAGAGAAAGGAGGGAGCAAAAGAAAAGCGCUGGCGGAGAAAAAAAAGUGCAUGCACGGCACCUGGGAUGAGUGGUCUCCAUGGAGCCUCUGCUCUUCCACCUGUGGGAGAGGGUACAGGGAUCGGACCCGCACAUGCAAGCCCCCACAAUUUGGUGGGAACCCCUGCGAAGGCCCUGAGAAGCAAACGAAGUUCUGCAACAUUGCACUUUGCCCAGUGGACGGCAACUGGAAUGAGUGGUCGAGCUGGAGCUCCUGCUCCGCUUCCUGCUCCAACGGCACCCAGCAGCGGACGAGGGAAUGCAAUGGACCUUCCUAUGGGGGAGCUGAAUGCCAAGGACAUUGGGUAGAGACCCGGGACUGCUUCCUACGUCAAUGCCCAGUGGAUGGGAAAUGGCAAGCUUGGGGAGUGUGGGGGAGCUGCACCACUACAUGUGGAGGUGGGACUCAGAGACGUGACCGUGUGUGUUAUGGACCCUUCUUUGGAGGAGAGACCUGCCAGGGUCCCAAAGAAGAGUAUAGGCAGUGCAACGACAGGAAGUGUCCUGAGCCCCAUGAGAUCUGUGAUGAGGAAAGUCUUGCCUCUGUGGUUUGGAAAGAGACGCCUGCUGGGGAUGCUGCAGCUGUUCGGUGUCCUCGCAAUGCCACUGGGCUAAUCCUUCGAAGAUGCACUUUAGAUGAAGAAGGGAUAGCUUAUUGGGAGCCUCCAACAUACGUCAAGUGUGUUUCUAUUGAUUACAGGAACAUACAGAUGAUGACCAGGGAGCAUCUUUCCAAAGCUCAGCGUGGUUUGAUGGGAGAUGGGCUGUCAGAAGUGCUCCAAAACCUUGUGGAAAUCUCCCAGGAUGGGACCAGCUACAGCGGAGACUUGCUGUCCACCAUUGAUGUACUCAGGAACAUGACAGAGAUCUUCCGUAGGGCAUAUCACAGUCCAACUUCUGGAGAUGUGCAGAACUUUGUCCAGAUCAUCAGCAACAUUUUAUCGGAAGAAAACCGGGACAAGUGGGAGGAAGCUCAGCUGAUAGGGCCAAAUGCCAAGGAGUUGUUCAGGCUUGUGGAGGAUUUCAUUGAUGUCAUUGGCUUUCGCAUGAAGGAUUUCCGGGAUUCCUACCAAGUGACGGACAAUCUGGUCCUUGGCAUUCACAAGCUGCCCGCUAACGCAGCAACUGACAUCACUUUCCCUAUGAAAGGCUGGAGAGGCAUGGUGGACUGGGCCAAGAAUUCGGAAGACAAGGUCACUGUCUCCAAGAGCAUCCUGUCUUCAGGGCUGACAGAGAUGGAUGACUCUUCUGUCUUCGUGGUAGGGACUGUGCUGUACCGGAACGUGGGCAACAUCCUCUCGCUCCAGAGGAACAGCACUGUUCUGAACUCCAGAGUAAUCUCUGUGACUGUGAAGCCAUUUCCCCGGUCCCUCCUCACCCCUUUGGAAAUUGAAUUCUCCCACCUGUACAAUGGAACUACCAACCAGACCUGCAUCCUGUGGGAUGGAACUGAUAGAAACAGAGAACCUGAUGAGAACCCUUCUCUUUGGUUGAGACAGAUAAAAUGUCCUCAAUCUUUUGGAUUUGACCAGGAGCUGCUGCUUUAUAGAGGGAAAAAGCCAACCGAAGCAUGA